GAAAUCGGUAUGGCAACCCCCACAACUCACCAGGUCUGCUGGUCUCACCUGGCAACUUGAUUAAGAAUAUGCAAUCAAAAUCUCUGCCCCCAAUGACUUUGGGAAUGAACAACUGUAAACCAGAUCUCAGAGUGCUUAUUCUACCUGGCAGCAAAAAUACAAUGCCAUCAGUGUCUGAGGAUGUUGAUCUGCCUUUGAAUCAGAGGAUAAAUAACUCUCAGUCUGCUCAGUCAUUGGCUACUCCAGUGGUUUCCAUAGCAACUCCUACUCUACCAGGGCAAGGGAUGGGAGAAUACCCAUCAGCCAUCUCAACAACAUAUGGUACAGAAUAUUCUCUGAGUAGUGCAGAUACAUCAUCUCUCUCUGGGUUUAAUACAGCCAAUGCUCUUCAUCUGGGUUCUGUGACUAGCUGGCAACAGUAACACCUACAUAAUAUACCACCAUCUUCCCUCAGUCAAUUGGGAGCUUGCACUAACACUCAUUUAUCUCUAAGUACAAAUAGCCAUCUGCCUUCUACUCAAAGCUUCAACAUCAAGUCAGAACCUGUUUCUCCUCCUAGAGACCAUACCAACACACCAUCAAGAUACCCACAGCAUAUGCGCCAUGAGGCAGGGAGAUCUCCUGUUGACAGUUUGAGCAGCUGUAGCAGUUCAUAUGAUGGAAGUGACCGAGAAGAUCACCGGAACAAAUUCCACUCCCGCAUUGGACUCACCAGACUUUCAUUGGAUGAAUGAGAAAGCCCCUCUAUCAAGUGCAUGCGGCGCUCUGAAGGAUGGGCAACACAAUAA